GCGGGGCGAGCGUGUCGACGGCGGUCCGUCCGGGCACGCGACGGCCGCGUCGUUCGCCGUCGACGCCGUCGCCGCACAGUCGGCAUCUCAUCGACCCGCGGAGACAUAUAUCAUCGAAUCGCAAUCAUCCGUCCGCGAUCCGCACGGUAAAACGCGCGUCCGCCGUCCUCCUUACGUUACCGUCCGCGCUACCUACCACCUGUACCGCCGUGCGCGCGCCAGUGCCGCCGUUCUCGUCUAUUAUUACCGCGCGCGCGAGAGUGCUGUUUACGACGACAACGAUAAACGUAACCACGCGCGUGCCUGGCAGUGUCGGAAUGACCGUAAUCCGGGACGAGAAACCGCGACGGUAAAACGUUGUCGUGUUGUUUAUUUGCAUUUUAUUAUUUGCACACGUCCCGUCCGACCGACCGCCGUAUCCGCGCUAUCCGUUUUCGCCCGCGUUCUCCCGGCUCAACGGUUUUUCGUUUCCCCGCACCCCCCGUAUACACUUUUUCCGCGUCGACCGACCGAUUCGGCGGACCGGACACCGCGCCGGGUCGCCGCCGCCGCCGAUGAGAUCCGGUGCCGCCCAGGGCAUAUCAUCAUCAUCCGUCGGUGGACGUCCCUCGGUACUGCUUGACGGGACAUGAAACAUUCCUUCAAGACGUUAUGGAACACCUGGCAAUGGGGAUGCGGCAGAACCAUCAUGUCCGCCGUGGUUGCCCACGUCAACUCGAUUUCCGUGGGCAUGUGCCAGGGGUUCUCAGCGGUACUCCUUCCGCAGCUUCUCGACUCCAGCAGCUCCAUACUGGUGAACAACGUGGAAGCGUCGUGGAUAGCGAGCCUGGGAGUCGUAUCGAACCCGUUGGGAGCACUGAUGUCGGGUGUUUUCAUGCAGACGCUGGGAAGGAGGAUGACCGUUCAGCUGACGGCCGUACCGUUCUUGAUCGGUUGGACGGUGAUCGGGCUGUCCACGGACGUGACGUACCUGUGCCUGGGACGGUUCGUGUCCGGAGUGGCUAUCGGCAUGUCGUCGGCCUGUUACGUGUACGUGGCGGAGGUGAGCUUGGCUAAGCACCGGGGAGUGCUGUCGGCGUUCGGGCCGAUUUUCGUGUCGAUCGGCGUGCUGUUCGUGUACUCGCUGGGCGCGAUCAUGCCGUGGCAGAUCGUGUCCAUCCUGUGCGUGCUCACGUCGUUCCUCAGCUUCCUGACGGUCAACCUCAUUCCGGAGUCGCCGUCGUGGUUGGCGUCCAAGGGCCGCGUGACGGACGCGGGCAAGGCGCUGAUGUGGCUGAGGCGCAAACCGUCGGUGGCCGACAAGGAGCUGGCCGAGAUCCUGAACACGCUGAGCGUGAACGGGGAUGGCGGCGGCGGCGGCGGCGGCGGCGAAGGGGCCGAACGGACCGCCGCGGCGGGGCCACGGCUCAGAGACUUCCUGGCGCCGGCCGUGUGGAAACCGUUCCUGAUCCUGGUGUGCUUCUUCGUGCUGCAGGAGGCCAGCGGCGUGUACGUGAUACUGUACUACGCGGUCAACUUCUUCCAGGUGGCCGGCUCCACGCUGGACAACAACCUGGCGUCGAUCAUGGUCGCGCUGCUCCGGCUCAUUAUGAGCAUCACCGGUUCCAUAUGCAUACAGCACCUGAACCGCCGCACGAUGGCCAUCACGUCCGCGGUGCUGAUGGCCGUGUCGAUGGCCGCGUGCGGCACGUACCAGCUCAUGUACAGCGCGCUGGACGUGGACGACCGGCCGUUCAGCUGGGUGCCGCUGGUGUGCAUACUGUUCAACGUCAGCGUCAGCAUGCUGGGCAUGGUGCCGCUGCCGUGGAUGAUGAUCGGCGAAAUGUUCCCGCUCAACGUGCGCGGCAUCAUGGGCGGCCUGGUGCCGUCGCUCGGUUACUUCUUCAUAUUCAUCACGGUCAAGGUGUCGCCCGGCCUGAUGUCCGCCCUGGAGACCGAUCAGAUCAUGUGGCUGUUCGCGGCCGCGGCCGCCGUGGCCGCGUGCUUCUGCUUCGCAUUUCUGCCGGAGACGCGGGGCAAGAGCCUGCACCAGGUCGAGCAGCUGUUCAACAGCCCCCCUGCUAACGGCACUGGAUACCCGGAGAAGCGUUUCAGGCCCAAAGAGUCCGCGGUGUACUCGAUUAGUUAGGAUCGAUCCUGGUAGCCACGCGCGAGAGUUCUAUUAAUUUAUUUUCACCUGUAAACGCUAUAUACCUACGCUACAUCAUAUUCUAUCACUUUGGCUGUGGACGAAACUAACUAAUCACAUAACAUUAUUACUAUUAUUUAUUAUUAUUAUUUUAUUUAUUUAUUAUUAUUAUUAUUAUUAUUUUUCGGAUCCGCGUAAUUCCGUUUGACAUUUUCGCCAUCCGUUUACGCGAAAACGUGUCCGUCAGACGGAGGUCGCGAAUAGUAAAAAACCAAACGAUUCCGACGUGUCGAAACGGAAUGAUUAGAAAUUCCGUUCACAGAUUCACAAGUCCGACAUGAUAUUUGAAAGAGAUUUUAUUUCAUUUUUCGAAUAUUUAUCGCCACCAGAGUAGCACCCUAAGGCGUCUACAUCCACUCCUAUAUCCUAUAUUACGUGGCGUUUUCCGUCCCAAUCGAAUUUCAAUUUUGUUGUCGUACCUAACUGUAUUACUUCGUGUGCACCUACUCACAGUAAUCGUACGACAGUGAUAUGUGAUUGAAAAUAAAUAGGUAGUUGUUUAUGUUA